AAAGUAACAUUAACAUUUUGUCAACACAAAAUCAGUAUUUACAAGAUCGUUGCAUUUAAAUGCAAUUUUAAGGUCGGAAGAGUUGUUUUUAUUUUGUUGUCUAGGUGAUAGAAUUGUAUCAUUUCCUUGUGAGUUAACCGUUGUUAAGUUCAUAACUUCCUGUAAAACGUUAAAAUAUUCAAAUUAAGUUUUGAAUUUUAUUCUUGAGUUUUGUGUUUGCAAUUAAAGCGUCGAGUAAGAACAACGCACGACGACGACGGUGUAUUCUGACGUGUAGUUUAAGUUGAAAAAAAUAUCGGAUUCCAAAUUUAAGAAAACCCAUUCAGUGUUUUUGAACAUAAGUCAGUCAAUAAUAUUGAAGUUGGAUUUAUAGGAAAAAACAGACCAAAACAAAACUCGAUUUCAUACACAUCAUGGGAAUACGAUUUGAAAUUUUGUAUGAGGAGAACUCAAAUGGAAUGUAUUUUACCGGACAAGUUGUUAAAGGCCGAGCCUUGAUACACGUUGACGAAGAAAUUCCAUUUAAAGGUAUUCAAUUGCGAGUAAGGGGUUACGCGAAAGUGAGAUGGGAUGAAAGUUCGGCAGGAGAAUCAUCAGACAUAUAUUUUGACGAUGAAAGAUACUUUGAUUCUUUAACUGAGUGCAUUGAUACCAAAGGUCUUGAACUAACUCUACUUCCUGGUACAUAUACAUACACUUUUGAAUGUGUGCUGCCCUCAGAAUGUCCUUCAUCUUUUGAGGGUGUCUAUGGUCUUAUAAGAUAUGACACAAAAAUAACCGUAAUCCGACCACGAGCAUUUAACAAAUCCUACAAAAUGGCAUUUAGUGUUCUUAAAAUUUUUGAUCUAAAUCAUCUUCCUGAAUUAAGAGUUCCUGCGAAAAUGGAAGAAUUCAAGCACUUCUGUUGCGGACCGUGUAGAUCAAAACCGCUAAUUCUAUUAUUAGAAAUACAGAGAACCAGCUUUGUUCCAGGAGAAAUAAUACAUUUUAAAGCUAAAUUUUUUAACACCAGCAGCACAGUGGUUGAACAAAUUCGUGUGACUUUGAAUUUGGUAGCUUUGUACUCGGUAAGAAAUCGCAUUCGUACAAAAGAAGAAAAAAUUGUCAUUGCCAAGAAAAAAUUCGGUGCAUUUGAUUCGAACACGGCUCAAUUUAUUGACAAUCUUCAAGUACCUCCAACUCCACCAACAUGUGUUGGACUUUGUCCAAUUAUUAAGAUAAGUUAUGAAGUAGCUGCCACAGCUAAAGUGAAAGGAGUCCAUAUCAAUCCGAUUGUUGCAAUUCCAAUAACAAUUGGUAAUGUUCCGUAUGUUGGACAAUCAGACAAUAUUAUGCCAGAAGAUAGUUUGAUAGCCAAUUUGUCAAGAGGCAUUGCACCGAUACAAUCGCCGGAUGUUGAACUCCCUCCACCAACAUACGAGGAAGCACAUUUUCUAAGAAACCUUCCAAAAGGUACAACUAAUCAAGAAAAGGAAGCUCAAAUUGAUAAAAGUUCAGAUAAGUUCUACCCGAGGUAUCCUUUUUACAGUGAAGCGGCUUAUCAAUAAAAUACAACUCUAAGACAAGGAGUAAUUUACUUUGGUAGAUAAAUUCUGACAUUGUAAAAAGUUGAAUAUAACUAAAAUUGUAUACAAAAUAUUUUAAAUUAGAGACAUAGUUAACAAAUAAUAAACUUUAAUGUUGUAUAA